AUGGCGAUUUAUUCUUCUCUUUUCGACUUAGUUUCAUUGCUUCUCUUCUUCUCCUCCUUGUUUGUUCUAGUUAGACUAUGGAGAAUAUCAAAAACCAGAAACCAAAACAAAAGAUUACCUCCAGGUCCAUGGCGACUUCCCUUUAUUGGAAGUUUACAUCACUUAAUUGGAGGAGAACUUCCACAUCGCACUCUUAAAAAUUUAGCACAGAAAUAUGGACCUCUUAUGUAUUUGCAACUAGGGCAAGUUCCUACAAUAAUCAUAUCAUCACCUAGAAUUGCAAAAGAAGUUCUUAAAACUCACGAUCUUGCUUUUGCUAAUAGGCCACAACUUACAUCCUCAACCAUCAUUUUUUACAAUAAUAUAGAUAUGGUAUUUAGCCAAUAUGGUGACUACUGGAGGCAAAUGCGUAAAAUUUGUAUUGUAGAACUUCUUAGCUCAAAGAUGGUAAAGUCGUUUAGUGGAAUUCGAGAAAAAGAGCUUUCGAGUCUCAUUUCAUCAAUUCGAUCUAUGACUGAAGUUAAUAUAACAGAAAAAAUCUUUAUGUUUACCAACUCUGUUACUUGUAGAUCAGCCUUUGGAAAAAUAUGCAAAGAUCGAGGCGAGUUUAGGACACUUUUGAAAGAAGUACUCUUAUUAGCAGGAGGAUUUUUUGUAGCUGAUUUGUUCCCUUGUUGGAAAUUACUUCACAAUUUGAGUGGUAUGGAAUCUAGAUUGGUGAAUGCACAUCGAAAAGUUGAUGAAAUUAUGGAAAAUAUAAUCAAUGAGCAUAUUGCAAAUAGAGCAGCUGGGAACAAGAGAAAUGGUGAGUUUGGAGAUGAAGAUUUGGUUGAUGUUUUCCUAAGAAUUAAGGAGAAGGACCAACUUCAUUUCCCAAUCACAAAUGGCCAUAUAAAAGCUAUGCUUUUUGAUAUCUUUCUAGGUGGAACUGAAACUUCAUCUACAGUUUUAAUUUGGGCAUUGGCAGAAUUGAUGAAGAACCCAAAUGUUAUGGCCAAGGCCCAAAGUGAAGUGAGACAAGUCUUUAAAGGAAAGAAAAUAUAUGAUGAAGAAGAUAAUAUUGUUGAAAAGUUAUCAUAUUUAAAGUUAGUGAUUAUGGAAACAUUAAGGCUACAUACUCCAGCUCCACUUAUGGGACCUAGGGAAUGUAGGGAGGAAACUAAUAUUGCAGGAUAUAAUAUACCUAAUAAGACCAAAGUAUUGGUCAAUGCAUGGGCACUUGCAAGAGAUGUUGAAAGUUGGAAUGAUCCCGAAAGUUUUAUACCAGAGAGAUUUUACAACUCUUCAAUUGAUUUUAUGGGAAAUUACUUUGAGUAUAUUCCGUUUGGUACAGGAAGAAGGAUUUGUCCAGGAAUACAAUUUGGUUUAGCUAAUAUUGGAGUCCCUCUAGCUCAAUUGCUCUACAACUUUGAAUGGAAACUCCCAUAUGGAAUUAAUCCACAAGAUUUGGAUAUGACUGAAACACAUGGAUUAACUGGAGCGAAACAGAAUGAUCUGUAUUUAGUUGCUACGUAUCGUGAAAUUUUUUGA